AGAGGCGAGAGGAGGAGUUUUCCAGCCCGGCCUUGGCGGGCUAGCAGCGCAGCCCCCAGGUCUGCUCGGUCUCCUGCCGCCCCCUGGAAGCGCGCUGCGCUGCGCUGCGCUGCGCUGCGCUGCUGAGCCCAGCGAAGCGCCCGCUGGCCAUGGGGGUCCCGGUACUCCGGUCCGCGCUGCUGCUGCCGCCCGCGCUGCUCCUUCUGCUCCUGCUGCUUGUCCCGCCGAGCCGCGGCUUUCCAGACACUCCUUGGUGCUCCCCCAUCAAGGUGAAGUACGGGGAUGUGUACUGCAGAGCCCCUCAAGGAGGAUACUACAAAACAGCCCUGGGAACCAGGUGUGACAUUCGCUGUCAGAAGGGAUAUGAGCUACAUGGCUCUUCCCAGCUCAUCUGCCAGUCAAACAAGCGGUGGUCCGACAAGGUCAUCUGCAAACAAAAGCGAUGCCCUACCCUUGCUAUGCCAGCAAAUGGAGGGUUUAAGUGUGUUGAUGGUGCCUACUUUAACUCCCGGUGUGAGUACUAUUGUUCACCAGGAUACACAUUGAAAGGGGAACGGACAGUCACAUGUAUGGACAACAAGGCCUGGAGCGGCCGGCCAGCCUCCUGUGUGGAUAUAGAACCUCCUAGAAUCAAGUGCCCAAGUGUGAAGGAACGCAUUGCUGAACCCAACAAGCUAACGGUACGCGUGUCCUGGGAGACACCAGAAGGAAGAGAUACAGCAGAUGGCAUUCUUACUGAUGUUAUUCUAAAAGGACUCCCCCCAGGCUCGCAUUUUCCAGAAGGAGACCACAAGAUCCAGUAUACAGUUUAUGACAGAGCUGAGAAUAAGGGCACCUGCAAAUUUCGAGUUAAAGUAAGAGUCAGACGCUGCGGCAAACUCAAUGCCCCAGAGAAUGGUUACAUGAAGUGCUCCAGUGACGGUGACAAUUAUGGAGCCACGUGUGAGUUCUCCUGCAUCGGUGGCUAUGAGCUCCAGGGUAGCCCCGCCCGAGUAUGUCAAUCCAACCUGGCUUGGUCUGGCACAGAGCCCACCUGUACAGCCAUGAAUGUCAACGUGGGUGUCAGAACAGCAGCUGCACUUCUGGAUCAGUUUUAUGAGAAAAGGAGACUCCUUAUUGUGUCCACACCCACAGCCCGAAACCUCCUCUACAGGCUACAACUGGGAAUGCUACAGCAAGCACAGUGUGGCCUGGAUCUUCGACACAUCACCGUGGUGGAGCUGGUGGGCGUGUUCCCAACCCUGAUCGGCAGAAUAGGAACCAAGAUUAUGCCUCCCCACCUGGCUCUGCAGCUCAGGCUGUUGCUACGAAUCCCACUCUACUCCUUCAGUAUGGUGCUAGUGGAUAAGCAUGGCAUGGACAAGGAACGCUAUGUUUCCCUGGUGACACCUGUGGCCCUCUUCAACCUGAUUGACACUUUCCCCUUGAGAAAAGAGGAGAUGGUCCUGCAAGCGGAAAUGGGCCAGACCUGUAACACCUGAUGUGAUGAUGUUCCUUUCUUACUGGUCCCUCUUCUCUUUCUACACAGUGCCGUGCACAUGAGAAGGCCUUAAAAAUAUCCUUGAUGUACAGAUUUUUAUUUGUAAUUUUUAAAGUCUAUUUUAUUAUGAGCUUUCUUUCCCUUAAAAAUUGGCACAAUGCUUUUUUUUUUUACUUCAAAAUAGUUCAAAAAACUAUAUGAACAUAUAUAUUUACUCUCUUUAUUCCAUCAUGGCUGGUAAAUUUUGUAGAGAAAUUAGAAACCACAACCAUAAACACGAUUUCAAUGUGUUAUUCAGUGUGACACAUCGCUGUCUUCUAUUUUGUCCAUAUGAAACUUUUAUUAAUAAAAUAUUUUGGAGCAAAUUUA